AAAUUAUGUAAAAUAAAGGAGGGUGAGAGAAUAAGAGGAAUAGAGAAAGACUGAACAUAAGAGAGGCGGAGACUGAGACUAGACUAUGUGACUGGAAAGACCAUACGCCGCGCUGUCUGUGUAACGGUUUCUCGCUCCGAACUAGAACAUCCCUUUGAACUUAGAGAGUUUCUUCCAUGGAACAGUAUGAGAAGGUUGAGAAAAUAGGAGAAGGUACAUACGGUGUGGUGUACAAGGCUAGGGACCGUGUUACCAAUGAGACCAUUGCUUUGAAGAAGAUUCGACUCGAACAGGAAGAUGAGGGGGUUCCAAGCACUGCCAUAAGAGAGAUUUCUCUUUUGAAAGAAAUGCAGCAUCGGAACAUUGUUAGGUUGCAGGAUGUUGUGCAUAGUGAGAAGCGAUUGUAUCUUGUUUUUGAGUACCUUGACUUAGAUCUAAAGAAGCAUAUGGAUUCAUCUCCGGAAUUUUCCAAAGAUCAACGUCAAGUAAAAAUGUUCCUCUAUCAAAUUCUCUGUGGCAUUGCUUACUGUCAUUCUCAUAGAGUUCUUCACAGAGACCUGAAACCACAAAAUCUGUUGAUAGAUCGCAGCUCUAAUGCGCUAAAGCUUGCAGAUUUUGGGUUGGCUAGAGCAUUUGGAAUUCCUGUUAGGACAUUUACACAUGAGGUGGUGACACUAUGGUACAGAGCUCCAGAAAUAUUGCUUGGGUCCCGUCAUUAUUCUACCCCAGUUGAUGUUUGGUCAGUGGGAUGCAUAUUUGCAGAGAUGAUAAACCAGCGACCACUUUUCCCUGGGGAUUCUGAGAUUGAUGAAUUGUUUAAAAUAUUCAGAAUCACGGGUACACCUAAUGAAGAUACAUGGCCUGGAGUGACUUCAUUGCCUGAUUUUAAAUCCGCCUUUCCCAAGUGGCCAUCUAAGGACCUGGCAACUCUGGUCCCAAGUCUUGAGCCAUCUGGUCUUGAUCUGUUAUCUAGUAUGCUUCGCUUGGAUCCCAGCAGAAGAAUUACUGCCAGGGGCGCUCUUGAGCACGAAUACUUCAAAGACAUUAAAUUUGUCCCCUGAAGUCCUGGCUUCACUGAAGAGGUGUCUAUAUUAUUAUGUGUAGCAGUAAUGGGUUUUUGGCUCAGAAAUGUGUGCUAUCCGUGCUAUUUUCUUCAAUGCUUUGGACUGAGUAAUAUUUUAUUUAUUGGUUCUUACAGAUAUUUUUUUAUAUUCAGCUUGAGUGUGAUUAUAUUCUCUAUUAUUUUUUUGUUGUCUUAGUCUCAAUACAAUGCAACCAGCAAAUUCCUGUUUGCCUGAUGUACAAUAUUAAUAGACAUUGCUGAAUGGUGGUUGUAGUAGAACAAAUGGUUACUCCUGCUGGCAUGGAGCAUGUAAAUUUAACAUACCUGAUACGUUCUUGUCUGUAACUUGCUUUUAUCUGCAGAUUGGGUAUUAGAUUAUCAAUAAUAUGCACAAACUGUACUAGUGACA